AUGGCAACCAGCGGGCGGAAACAUUCCGGGCGCUCGUGGAGAUCUGCAAACGCUUAUAUCCAGCAUGCUCGUGUUUCCCACGCCAACAAGAGUGCCAUCCUCUUUCCGAAUUUAGAGCAAGAUGACACUACUGGGAGUGCAGAACAGGCCGCUGAGGUCAAUGCUGGCCUUUUGCAGCGUCUGCAGCAACUCAGCGACACUCCGCUGGAUCCGGCUAAGCCUAAUCAAACGGCCAUCGCAGCAUCGUUGUCACGUUCACUUUGCUUCAUCAAUCGGGCUAUUAAUGAAGAGGCGGAUCUCCGGCCGCGAAUUUUGAUUGUUCAAAAGUCGUCGGAUGUGUCGGAGCACUACAUUGCCAUCAUGAAUGGCAUUUUUUCGGCUCAGAAGAAGAAUGUUGCGGUGGACGCAUGCAUUCUUGCGGCAGAGCACUCAUCAUUUAUGCAACAGGCAGCAUAUCUUACUGGUGGUAUCUAUUACAAGCCUACGGACCACAGCGGAAUGCUGCAGUAUUUGAUCUCGAUCUAUCUGCCAGAUCCCUACAUGCGCAAACUACUAAGGCUGCCAUCACAGGACUCAGUAGACUUUCGCGCGAUGUGUUUCUGCCAUCGCGAAGUGAUCUCCACGGCCCACAUCCAGCCAAAGAAAAAUGGUCUGCUCAAGAAUAUACGUCGAAUUGAUCAUCAGUUGCAAAAUGACCAGACCUACGAUCGCUGA